AUGAUGCCAAUACUCGAUCGACAACCACGAUCCGUCUCACAACUCAGCAAUCGAUCCAGACGUCGAAGACUGUCUAGACGUCGUACGGCCAGUGCGAGUCGAGUCAUGGAACGUCGUUCUUUAGCUCAAAGACGACGUGUGUUCGAACGAAGAAAUGCUGAUGCAGAUAAUGAAAACGGUCAAGAUGACCGCAACAAUCAAGGCUUAAAUAAUAAUGAUAGUGGUCACAUCGGUAGUGGUAAUAGUACAGAUAAUACUGCCAGUAAUGGCUCUAUUAGCAAUUCAAGUGGUCGUUUCGAUCCCAGUGCAAACCGCAAUGAGAAUAAUAUCAUCAGCAAUGAAACUAAUAACAGUAAUAGCAAUAAUGAUAAUAAUAGCAAUGCCGGAAAUAAUAAUGGGAACAGCAAUAGUGCGCCCAGAAAUCUGGUAGGUGGCAUUGUAAGCAAUAUCGUUUCGCGGACGAGAUCCGCAAGAAACUCACGGCGUAAUGUCUCGAAUCAACGAGCAACUUCACAGUUGCCACGAAGAUUGUCACGAUCAAAUUCAGCACGUCGGCGACGUCGUUCGCUACUGCAACGUCGUAGACUUCGCCGAUUAGCCACUCAGUCCACUUCAACACCGCCAACACCACCACCACCACCAGCCUUGGCUAGAACCGCAAGAACCAUGCCAAGGACACCGUCUCGUCGACGUUUGACUGCAUUAUCGCAAUCGCUAAACCCAACCUCAACCCCGAACAACCACCAGCAUUCAAGCGUCAGCACAUCCAUCUUAAGAACACCCAACUCAUCACCGACAUUCUACACAGCCUCGGAUCAACUCCCUGCUGCCACACCACGUCGCCGUGGCGUCCAACGUCCACCUCUUCCUUCAACUCCACAACCCAACAGACCACCAUCGCGGCUGACAUGGAGUCCGAAUGAUCCGCUUCGUUCCAAUUCUUCAAGAUUCCCCAGCGCUCACGCAUCGACACCAUCAACUCCCCGAUUCACACGUUCAUUCAUGCCGCUACGUGCAUCCACGCCGAGCUCGUCGUCGAACUCAUCACCGAAUUCAUCGUCAACACUUAUUACAGCCAAUGGUGCAGUACCAUCAGCCGCACUCAGCUUCAGAAGUCUCGGCGGCAUUCGAUUGAUCGGCUCUCAACGCAGACGAAUGGGAGACGCACAAUACUCUGAGAACAUCACACAGGGACUGAAUUCGCUUGCUAGAAAUUUCUCGAAUGAAAGCAUUCCAAGUAGCCGAAGUGAUAUGUCGUCGUCUGGCCCCUCGUCGUCACUUUCCCAACCAACUCCAUAUCUCAGUCAAACGAGUGUCGUCGAUCUGAACACGAGCAGAAGCGUUGAAGAGUCCGAAGCACAACCAGCACUGCCAACUGCACAAAAUGACCACAUUUCAUCACUAUCAGCAACAGAUAGUGAUAAUGAGGAAAGUGCAACAAGACCUCAAAUUCCUACGAACAACACUGAAUGA